AGAUUCAGAUAAUCAGCGAUCAAAUUUUCACGCAGUGCACGGAUCCCGCUGGUGUAGAGUGAAGUAAUAACGGUGAACGCGACCUUAGGUGUUUGAGCGAGUGGCAGGUGUCACGGGAUCGGGGACCAUGAGUAAGGGAGGCGGCGGAGGAUAGCAUGACAGCGCCUGCCACGGCGGCCUGAUGGCGCUAGUGCGCCGCAUACUAGGCGACGCCCAGGCGAAACUACGCAAAAUGGUCGACGAGCAAGUGUCGGUGGGUGCUCGGGUGGAAGCGGAGUCUGAGCCAGAGCCCGCUGACCCCCUGAUCACGCCGGCCAGCUCCGCCCUCGAGAGGGACCUAGACCCUCGGCCGAUCCCCCCCGAACGCCGCCUCCUUAUAGGCACCUUGGACAAACGCAACGGCUCACUCAACGGGGACAAAGACGGCACGCUCAACAGGACACGGCUGGCCAUUCGGAAUGGGAAGGACAAUCCUUUUAUAGUUUCCUCAUUCCCAGAUGACGACAAUAAAGAGAACCAAGCGAAUGGAAAAUUAGAAUCUCCAGUGAAGUGGUCGACGCAGAACGGGAGUGAUAGUGGAACUUACGCUGAGAUCGGCACUGGUGGUAAUAGCAAUACCAGCGAGAGGAACAUCUUGGACCCAGCAGAUAGUUCAGAGGAAGAGGUGCCAUUGCCCGACGCUACUUCACCUGGAAGAAGCAGUGAUGGACCUGAACCUAGAGCAGACAUCACAGCUACUCUUGACGGAGAAGCGGCUUCACCUGGUGGACGUUCAGACAGAUCACGGCACGAGGAGAUACCAGCGUCCCCAGGAAUGCUGACUGCUGCUCAACUCGCCAGGAGGUUGAGACUCGAGAACGAACGAUUACAGGCCGAACUAACGAGAGUACGCCGGCUGCUAGUGGCUGCAGCGGAACGAGGAGAGGCGGGCUUAGCUCUGAUCGAACGAGCGAAGGGAGAAGGCGGACAAGACGCUUCUCCUUUAGACUCACAGCAGCUAGAAAAGGAACUACUCCUGGCCAGAGAAGCAGUCAAUUCUCUGAAAGCCGACAAAAAGCGUUUAAAGGCGGAGAAGUUUGACCUCCUAAAUCAAAUGAAACAGCUAUACGCCACGUUGGAGGACAAAGAGAAGGAAUUACGCGACUUCAUACGAAACUACGAACAGAUGCGGUCCAGAGGUGGAGCAUCAUCAGCGUUGGGUGCUGAACGGGCAGAGCGCGAACGUGAACGCGCUGCGCUACUUCGACACGCGCGAGACGAAGCAGAGCGGUCUUUGCAACUAGCUGCAGCUCUUAGUGCUCGCGACACUCAGUUGCGACAUGCGAGAGAACAGCUAUUUGAGGCUCGUAGACAACUCCAAGCAGCGGGUUGCCUAUCAGAAGGGGAGAGCGUGGCUUCCCUUGGAAUCGGGCCUCCAAUGAUGCUUGGUCCAUCUGGAAUGAUCGGCGACCGCGGCAGCUGUAGCGCAGACUCAGGUGUCAGGGGUAGUAGCGAUGGUGGCGCGACGUCAGUGUGUGGCGGAAACUUGUCAGAUUCAACGGCAGAGGGCGCCCCGCCAACUUUGGACGCCUACGAUACUGAUGCCACUUCGCUGGUGUCUUCCGCCCACCACAUAUAUCAAUUGAGUACACCGAGGGACUGCAGCCCUACAUUGUCACCACACAACAGCGGCUCUCCAUUCACGAGAUCUAUCGACGCUGGAUCAUUGUCCAGGUCAGUGGAACAGCUGUCAAGUCCGGGGGAGUGCGAAACAGCCUUAGUGGGAGGCAUGAGAAGUCGCGCGGGCGGCGGAAAGGCGGGCCGGGGCCGUGGCUCCGCCUGGGGCUCCAUCUCAAGGGUAUUCGCGCGCAGCAGGCACCGCACCAAGUCCGGCAGCGCAGUCGUCAGUGGACAUGAGAGUGAACCAGUGUAUGCGGGCACUGGGAGUACGGCGCGUGCCUGGUCGCCCCUCGGAAGCGAGGCAGCUCUCAGGGAAGCCGCAUCUCUGCCCCUCGCUCGAUGGCGGGCGCCGGCUAUAAUAGCCUGGCUAGAGUUGGCACUGGGCAUGCCGCAGUAUGCCGCAGCCGUCGCUGACAACGUGAAGAGCGGGAAGAUCCGUGCUUUGAAUGGGCAGGUUCUGCUUGAGUUAACGGACGCGGACCUGGAAGUUGGCCUCGGUGUGACGCAGCCGAUGCAUCGCAAGAAGCUGCGGCUGGCGAUCGAGGAGCGACGGAGGCCGGAUCUGGUGCGGAACCCGACCAUAGGGCAGUUGACGCACGCGUGGGUCGCAGCGGAGUGGCUACCCGAUUUGGGAUUGUCGCAGAAUGGGCAGGUUUUGCUCGAGUUUAUACAAGCAGAUUUGGAAGUCGGCCUCGGUGUAACGCAGGCGAUGCACCCCAAGAAGCUUCAACUGGCGAUCGAGGAGCGACAGAGGCCGGAUCGGGUGCGGAACCCGACCAUACAGCAGUUGACGCACGCGUGGCUCACGGCGGAGUGGCUGCUCGAUUUGGGAUUGUCGCAGUACGCAGAGUCAUUCCUGGCGAACUUAGUGGAUGCCAGAAUGCUGGACACAAUCUCCAAAAAGGAGUUGGAAAAAUACCUCGGCGUCACGAGGAAGUUCCACCAGGCAUCCAUCGUUCACGGCAUACAUUUGCUUAGAAUAAUGAAGUAUGACAGACAGGCUUUAGCUGUGCGACGGCAUCAGUGCGAAAACGUUGACGCAGAUCCGUUGGUUUGGACAAAUCAACGGUUUAUGCGGUGGUCCCAUAAUAUUGAUUUAGGAGAGUUCGCAGAGAACCUUAAAGACAGCGGAGUUCACGGCGGAUUAGUGGUUCUAGAGCCGUCAUUCACCGGCGAGACAAUGGCGACAGCUCUGGGCAUUCCUCCCUCCAAAAGUAUAAUAAGGAGGCAUUUGGUUGCGGAAUUUGAUGCUCUCAUCAUCCCAGCGAGGAAUAUGUUCGGACAUCAGAUCAGAAUGUUGGGUAGACCAUUUUCGAGGUCUGUUGCCACUGGGUUACCGGGAAUCGAUCUGACCGCUGAUUCUAGGAGACAUAGUUUAAGGGGGUCUAUUACUCGAGCUUUGGGAGCUCUGAAGCCUAAACAUGAUAGAACGUCACCGUCUAGUUCUAGUGAGAGUUCCAGCGUACUAAGUUUGACUUCUCAACCAUACCAGAUGUCGUAUUCUCCACCAAUCGCAGUUAGAACUUUAUCCCAACUGAGCAUGACGUAUGCGCCUCCACCGACGCUGCAAGAAUAUGAGCCGAUAUACACGCCGUUGAGCUUGUACUCCCAGUCCAGCGUGUCGACGAGGGACAGUCUGCAAAGAUUAAACGAUAUCAAGGAGAAUAUCGGAAUUACUCACAGGUACGGACAAAAGGCAGAUCAUGCGCAUCGUGUGAGCUCUCCUCUUCCAGCUAAGUCCAUAGACGAUACCAGCAUCAAACAGAAGAGGCACAGGCGAGUCAAAAGCAUCGGCGAUAUAAAUGCUUGCACCAAAACGUCUGUGUAGAAAUCUACUUAUCUAUUCUAUAUACUUAAAAAAAAUAUUCCACAUAUUGAACGAACAUUAGACUUACGAGUAUGAAUAUGAUGACAUGAUAAGGUAGAAACGAUAAAUCCUGACUCGUCCUUCCAGAAAACAAAUAAAUUUUUUAUUUGAAAUUGUAGCGCCAUAUUGUUAAUAUUUUAAGUGUGAAAUUUUGUAUGACUGAAACAUUUAUAAGUCGUUGCAGACUUAUACGACUAAGUAGUCGUGAGCAGACACUAGCAUCAAUAAAUAACAAGAUCUUGUCAAAUUAUUUAAAAAUAGUAUGUCUCCUGAUGAUAUUGCAACUAUGCAAAUUGAUUCGAUACGAACACAAGUUAACAAAGCAUUGCAGUCUCGAGAAAAGCAUCGAUCAUUGCCUCACCUCGUAAACCAACAACCAUCCUUUACCCACAAGGCGUAAUAAUAUAUUAUUGUAUCACCAUUGAGUUCUCGACUCCACACCUGCACUAUCAUUGCCAUGGAGUAAAUAAAGUCUUUUUACAAAAAAAGUCACGUGCAAAAUUAUUGAAAAAGAGGCAAUAUUGUAGUUUUGUCGUUGUUUCGACGUCAAUGAAACUUACAUUAUGUACGCUUUUUAUAUUUAUCAUGGUGUCGAUUCUAGUAUGAUUCUCUAAACUUAAAACGAUCUUUACCUUAGAACACCUUAAGAUAUACAAAGUGUUUCAUGAGAAAUUUUUCUUUAGAUCAACAGGAUCUCGAGAAGACUUUUAUAAAAUGUGAUCUCACUACUUUUGCUUAUGUGUACCUUAUAUACCUAAGUAGGUUUAAUAGAUUCUCAAAAUAUGGAUCAUCAUAAUAAUUAUAACCGAAUAAUAUGGCUUAUGACGACAAUGGUUUUAUUUGUAUGCAUAAAUAUUAAUGUAACACCUUAAAUGAGUUCACUUAACACAUUUCCUUAAUAAAACAUCUUUGAUCACAAAAAUAUUUUAGCAUUAUUCUGUUUAAAAAAAUAUCCUACCAUAAAAAUUAUUAUAGCCAAAGAAUACUUGUAUACUUUAAAGAUUUUCACCUGAAAUCAAAGUAUUCUAGUCACACUUUGUUCCCUGUGGGUUAAACAUUCACAUUCACCAAUCAAAGUUCUCGAUGAUAUCGAUAACAUGAGAAUGGAUUCCCAGAACCGAAAGCGUCAAAAGUUUGUUCAACUUAUUGUGACUUUGAUCUAACACGAUGAAAUACCAAACAAAUUAUUCUGGUGUGAGCUGCCGAGCUUAUAAUAAGUGGAUAGGCGACUUUAGAAAAAAAUAUAAAGUAGUUUUUGUAUUAAAAUUAAAAUUUGGGUUUUGUAUAAAGUAAUAAUGCUAAAGAACUUAGCAAGGUAAAAUUAAAUAUGAAUGAACUUAGCAUAUCAUUUCCCAGCAGAUCAAAAUUAAAUGUGAGUUCUUUUCGCAUGCAGCAGAGUUCUACAGUUGCUGAUACUUUUUUGGAUAUAGUUCUGGCGCUUUUACGCGAAAAAUGACAAUUAACAAAAUGGUCUGCUAACUUCCCGUAGCAUAUCAUUUUGCAAAAUAAUCGAAAACAAAUGUUAGUACUUUUCGCAUGCAGCUGAGUUUUAUAGUUCCUGAUACUUUAUAGAAAUAGUUCUGGCGUUUUUACGCGAAAAAUGACAAUCAACAAAAUGGUCUGCUGACUUCCCGUAGCAUAUCAUUUUGCGGCAAAUCGAAAACUAUUGAGUUAUUUUAUAUUCAUUCACAUUUGUUUUCGUUUAUUUUGCUGCAUGUGAAAAGAAGUAACAUUAAUUGUUUUUGAUUUGCUGCAAAUUGAUAUGCUACGGGAAGUUAGAAAUGCCAGAACUAUCUCUAAAAAGUAUAAGGAACUACAGAACUUAGCGAAAAGAAAAAAACUCACAUUUGUUUUCGAUUUGCUGCAAUAUGAUGUGCUAUGUUCACUCACAUGUAAAUUAAUUAAUUAAAUUUUAGAAAAUUUCAUUGUGUAUCUGUAUUUACUGGAUGUAAGCGUCGAUAUAAAAUAAUUGCCUCAUGUGGCAUCCGAAAAAAAGCCACAGGUUUCAUAAUUACAAAUAGGUAUAGAAAAAAGUCAGACCCUGACCCUAGGUCUGAUAUUGUUUUAUACCUAGAAAUUAUUUUUAUAAAUUUUCUUGUGGUUUAAUACAACAUAAUGAGUACAUUUUUUUUAACUACUUUAAAUAUUUUUUUUAACUUUAAAUUGUUAAACUUUACAGCGCUAUUUGUAAGAGUAUAAUUUAAUUGCACAAUAUACUAUUAAAAAUAUAUAUGUAAUGCAUAUCAAACUGCAAAUCAAUUAAAUACAUAAUGUUUGUAACUUACAUAAAAUAGACUGUUUUCUUAUGUAAUAAAAACAUUAUCAUGAUGGUCUUAUGAUAUUCAGUGUUCCAUUUGAUAUAAUAGUAAUUUAAGAGCAAUAUCAAGUUUCAUAUUUACAAAUAAGUUUAAUAUAGAACAUCUUUUUUUACUUUUCCUUUGUGUAAUCACGCUGUAUUUACCACCCACCUGUGAUAUAUUAAUUGACAUACUUAUCACGCUAAUUAAUAUCACCUUACCCAGAGCUUGAUUUUGAUAUUAUACAAAAAAUAUUAGUCAAUUCAUAUAAAUAUAAUCUCAUCGAGCUUCAUAUAACGUAUUUUGAUAGGUAAAGUAUUUAAUUGUUUUUUAUUUGUAAUUUAUUGUUUGUUUGUGCACUUUUUGUUAUUUCGUUGUAUAAUUUUACCGAAGAUUUAUAAAUUUAUAAAAAAACAUUUGAAUUACCUACAUAUGAUCAGUAUUAUGAUUUUUUUAAAUGAAAUAUUUGAAAUACAAAGUGUUGAAAAUUCG